AUGUCCUUUUUGACAGCAUCCAACAAUAAAAUCCGCUUGUUGUGGAGCCGAACAGAGCAGUCGUGGAUACAACAAGAAUGGAGGUGUGUUCUUUUCAGUGAUGAGUUGAGAUUCCCUACAAGAAUAGUUUUUGCCGAAUCCUCAUCUGGAAAGAACGAGAAGCUCACCAAUAAACUCUCCUAUGUAAAAGAAAUCGACAGAUUUGAUCGUCAAGGAAUCCUUGUCUGUUAUGGCUUAUUGUUAGACAAUCGUACAUCACUGCAUGUCUUCAAUGGGGAUGCUGUUACUGCACAUCACUAUACAGAGAAGGGCCUUGAAGCUCAUGCCAGAUUGUUCAGGGGAUUGCUGUUAAUUUUUAUGGACGGUAAUAUGAAGCCAUAUAGAGCCCAGAUUGUUGAUGAUUUUCUUGACAAGAAUAUUCGCCGUAAGAAUCGGCCCUCGAGGUCUCCGAAUCGUAAUCCUAUUGAACAUGUUUGGGAUUGUCUAGAAAGAGCCAUUGAACAGCUCAACGUUCUUCCGAAUACCCUCCAGGAAUUAAAAGCAGCGCUUUUAGAAGAAUGGGCUUCGUUGUCAUAA